UGGCAACUAUCAGUUGUUAUUAUUUUUUCGUGGUGUAUAGUAUGGAUUUUUCUCAUAAUGGCAACAUCUUCUGCCAAACUCUCGUAACUUUAUUAGCUUCUUCUCCGAGGUUUCGGAUAGGCUACAGUAAAUUAUUCCGGCCAGUCUCUGUAAGCGUUUGCUGCGCCAUAAAUAGAAGUUCAGUAUAUUGUAGCACCACCCAUCGGCAGCGAUCCUGGAACAUAGAAAGAGAAUAUUAUUUUAAUUUGGGGUGUGACUUUAUGAACAUUACCGAGUCUGGACACAUUUUUUGCAGCUUCAGUUGAGUAUACUUUACCUAAAUAAAAAGUGAUUUCUUUUAGUAAUUUCACCACUUGUAUCCAGUCUAAGUUCCAUACUGUGGUCUACACCAUGCUCCCCCGCAAUAUGCGCUUCGCUGAUAUGGAACUGCCAGGAGUCGGGUCGAAGGACGUGCCCCUGAUUGGCUACCGCCCUUUGCAGUCUGAGACUGACAGCUGCAGAGAGCCACCCAGGAAACAGACUGACAGCAGGAAUUCGGACAGCCCACAGGUGGAUUCCUCCCCCAUGAAGACGACAUGGUACUGCCCGAUGGAAUUGUCCACAGUGUCAGAAAAGGAAGAAGAGGGAGCGAUCUACACGGUGGUUGUGAAACCACAGGCCGGAGCCUCGUCUUCCGCGGUGCACUCCUCAGGGCUGCGCUGUGAGUUUAUAAAAGCGGGAACUGAGGAGAAGCUCGUCCUCCAUCUUCUCCACUCCUUCUCCACAGGAGACACCUCCUACGUCUCCAUCUUCCUCUCCACCUAUCGCUCCUUCACCACCACGCAGAGGGUGCUUGACAUCCUGGCUGACAGACUAGAGAACCCACCAGGGGCAAAUAAACUGAGUGUAAAUAGACUGGCCUUCAACAAGACAGUAUGUUCGGUUUUCAGCAAAUGGCUGGACGAGUAUAAGGAGGACUUCCUGUCCCUCGGAGACCCCACCCCCCUCCUCCGACUGGCCCCCCUCCUCCCUUCUGACCCCUCGGGUUCAGAGAUCAGAAGGCGCUUACUGAAGAUUUCGGAAGAAUUAAGCGAGAGGGCUUUGCUGAGUGACUCCCCUACAGGUGUCCGUGCUGCGCCGCCCGCCGCCGCCGUCAUGACCUUCCCCUUUCACCUUUCUCUGUACUGCGUCUCCCCUGUGACUCCCCCAUCCGACUCUUCCAACGCGGAGUUUGAUGCCACCAAAAUUCUGGGCUUCCCUGCAGAUGUGGUCGCAGAGCAGCUGACCAGGAUAGAGACAGAUCUAUUCCUGCACGUGGUGCCCUACCACUGCCUAGGCUCUCUGUGGUCCCAACGGGACAAGAAGGGGCGUGGGGGCAUCUGCUUGUCCGUCAGGGCGACCGUGCGGCAGUUCAACCGGCUGGCGAAAGCCGUCACCGCCUCGUGCCUGUGGCAUGUGGAUCUGCGGACCCAACAAAGGGCCCGGCUCCUGGAGAAAUGGAUCAGCGUGGCAGAGGAGUGUCGUGCCAGGAAAAACUUCUCCUCUGUGUAUGCCAUCGUGUCUGCCCUGCAAAGCAACCCACUGCACCGACUAAGGAGGAUCUGGGCGGAGACAGACAGGGAAGCGCUGAGGAGAUACGAGGAACUCUCUGACAUCUUUUCGGAGAAGGACAACUAUUCGCAGAGCAGGGAGCUGCUUAGAGAGGAGGAGACGUCACAGCUCGUCAGUGCCGACACGAAGACCAACAAUAGAAGGCCAACUGGGGCCGCAGCCCGGGGCACCGUCCCCUAUCUGGGCAUCUUCCUGACCGAUCUCAUGAUGCUGGACACUGCCGUCAAGGACAGGCUGGAGAAUGGGUACAUCCACUUCGACAAACGAAGACGGGAAUUUGAAGUCUUAUCGCAGAUAAAGUUCCUGCAGACUUCGUGUAAAAACUGGUCUUUCGUGGCCGAUGAGUCUUUCCUCGAGUGGUACUACAGCGUUCCAACUCUGAGCGAAGAACAGAGUUACAGACUGUCCAAUCAGAUCGAGUCUGCUUCAGAUCCCAGCCCUGGUCGUGCCCUGAAUCCCACAGUUGUCAUCACACACUGCACAGACAUUCUUACAUCAGUGGUCGGUCCGUCUAUUGAGAGUGAAGCUGUCUUUGACUUCCCCUCCCCCGUCAAUCACCUCCUCUCCAAACUUGCCAAGCACAUGAAAUCACCAUCGGUUUCCUGUCUGGAUGUCGAAUCCUCCCCCCCUCCGACCGAUCCCGCUCUCACCUACGUCACACCAGAGAGCAGCAUCAAAUCGCAUCGGCGGUCCGUCUCCUGCGGGAGCCCCCCCACCAGCAAAGGCCGAGAGGCUGGACCGGACAUGCGAAUCAUCCGGAUCCGGAUGGAUCUGCAGGAUGGGAAUUUGUACCGAAGUAUAAUGGUGACAAGCAAUGACAAGACCCCAUCUGUAAUCAGCAAUGCAUUAGAGAAGCACAAUCAGGAUCCGAAAGAGGCGCCCAGAUAUGAGCUGAUCCAGCUGCAGCCGGAUGGAAAAGAGCUGAAAAUGCCUUCUGCGGGAAAUGUCUUCUAUGCUAUGACCUCAUCGAGCGUCGACUUUCUGUUGAGGAGGCAGGGAGGGGGCACACCUCUUGGCUCUCCAUCAGUUGGCACCGAGACCAGCGCCACCUUCCCCCGGAUCAAGGCUAAGGGGAGGAGGCUCGUAAGGACGCUCUUUUGACAUGAUUCUUCAGCCUCUCCUCCACCCCUAGACUCCGCCUGGUGUCUCCACUGAAUCUUGGUGCUUGUUAGCUGAUGCAAUGUUUCCCAACCCGGUCCUCAGGGGCCCCCAGUCCACGUUUUUGCUCCCUCCCAGCUCCCUGCAAGACAGGGAGGAAGCAAACACGUGACCCGUCUGGGUGUCCCUGAGGACCGGGUUGGGAAACAUUGCAAUAUCAAAUAGUGCAAAAGCAUCCUAAAUCUGUGUCAUUUUGCCUUAAUUUGGCUACAAGGUGACACUGGUGGCUUCUUAAACACUAACCAGAAUGAGGAGUUAUCGAUAUUAACUUAAUGCAAAAGUCACCUUCAUUAUUACAAUGUCAUUGCAACCCUAGCAAUGAGAAAACCAUUAACGUGCUAUGCAAGCGAAGACCUGGGUCGGGGUUAAUGAUCAAUACACCAGCAUAUCACUAGAAUAUCUCAUCCCAUCUUAAGACGUGGCUUAUUGAGGGCUCCUCUGUCUACCUCAAAGGGGAACCUUUGCUCUGGAGCUUAGCUUUAGUCAGCAAUUGCCUGACCUGAAGAUGAGAAUGUUACCUGUCCUGAUUUCAGAUGGGCACCAAUGUUUUGCACUUCAGAAAAUUAUUGAUACUACUACUUAUGUACAAACAGAGCAAACUGUUGAGAGGUAAAACCUGUAGAACUAAUGUCAUUAAUGCUAUUAUUCUCUUUCAUGGCAUAGUCACUGAUCUGUUGUUCUGCAUCAAGGACAAUACAAUCAGUGAGCAUUUUAGGAUUACUGGAAGGUGGGGAACGACACCUAACUGACAUGCAGCUCUACAGGUCCUGUACGCACUGGUGAUGCUGCCUGAGCUCAUGAUUGAAAGCCUAAAAUAUUUAUGAUUUUUGAGUGCUGCAAAAUACUGAUUAUUUACCUUCCAAAAUUGUGGAUUUUUAGGUAAACCCACAAGACACGCAAAUUUGUAAUAGUUUGCCGCUUAUGGAAAUUAAGCCAAAGCCACAAGCGUCCAAGCAUGUUUAUUAUUGAGAAAUCCCCUGGUCAGUAUAUGGUGAGAGCAAACAUUACAUCAUCAUAACAUCAUAAAUCCUUUAUGUUUCAUCAUGAGGUCAAGCUGAAAAAAUGAGUGCGGUCAACGCAGAAACAAAGUAGCUUAAAAUUCCAGGGAGUAAAGUGCAUUUUAUUUUUGGUACAUCGUAAUACACUAUGAUUUUUUAUUAACUUUUUCAUAUCUAUGUAUGUAUUUAUCAAUGUAUAAAGAGUGUAUUUUUGAAGGUGUGUUGACAACUUCUGAAUUGUGUUUACAUUUCCCUCAAAACAUCCAAACUAGAUUGUGAAGUUUAUUGGUAAGAGUACCGACUGUAAAACCUGUUAGAUUUCCCUUCUUUUCGCAGAGUAAGGCCAGAGUAAUAUAGUGCACACUGAAACACAAAAUGUACAAAAUGACCAAAAGCAUUUGUUUGGUGAAUAGACCUCGUCGAUCUUUACCUGGUUUAUUGAAUGUUAUAAUAGAUUUGUCACUAUACAUUUGCCGUAUAUUUAACGGAUCAGAAUGACAAAACAUAUAUGUGUUCGGCGGCACUGUUGUUCUUCUGUUUUGGAAGAUUUUCCCUCUCCCAGUUUGAUACAAUUUCCCCGGUACACAGUAUACAGGUGAUAGAUUAAAACACACACAGGUGCACACCAGUUAACAUAUGGUUUGUCCUACAGCAGGAAGCUGGGUUUGAUCCCAGUCAGGCCAGGCUAGAGGUCUGUGAUGACGAGGCCCUAUCAUGUUCCGGGUAAAACAGCUGGGCCUCUAUCAUUGUGCAGCCACGCCUGCCGUCGUCUUGGCAACUGCAGAAGGGAUCACACCCUCCUACUGUGUUACACUGUUUGGUGACUCCUGUAAAGCAGAAAGACGCGGGUGUCCGGCAGCACACACUAAGGGGAAGGUGUGCACUAAUAUUUUGCCCUUCGGUGUUUUUGAGGGCGAGACCUACAAAGGGAUUAAUCGGCCAUUCCCGGCUGGCGAGAUACACGCAUAAUUUGAAAAGCUACUCAAGAUAAAUGUAGUGUCACUAUUUAAACAUUGCAUGCGUCAAGAAAUUUGAGUGCAAGACUUUAAGUCAAAAUCAGUCCAUUUUCGUUCGCCGCAGUAGAAACACUAUCUGGAAUUUUCAGCACUUUCAAAGCAUAAAACGGGGGUGCACAUCAAUCAAAGUGGCAACGGAAAUGGUUACAUAUAUGCCGUACAAAUGAACAGAUGCAGAUGAGACGUCUGAUCUCAUUUGACGAUCCUGUACAUACUCAUACUCAAGGCUGUGCUUUUCACUUUUUAUUUGUGUCAAACUGAAGACAGUCACCUGUCUGUAGAGGAAAACACAGAAUGGAGAACCAAGCUUUAAGCCCGUUACCCAUAACAAGGCUAUCCUAACUUGGGAUAAAGAGACCGGUAACAGACUGUGCCAUGGCGUAGCAUGUAGCAUGUAGCGUGCCCGUUAGCCGACUCUCGCUAAUGACGCCGCUUGGGCAUCAUGGCGUGCGUGUGGCUUGGUGGCGCUGAUGAUGGUUCUGCCUUUUGGAAGGUGACACCUGAAGUGUGGGUCACGGGGCUGAGAGGACAGCUGACACUCGAAGCGAAUUACAUUAUGCUAAUAGCCUGCAAGUGCCUCACUCUGCUCUCUUUAGAGAGUGUGCUAACUGCAUAUAUUAUUACACACACAUAUAUGUCUGUGUGGCCUAUGGUGCUGGAGCAAAAUACGCUGGUUUGUACCCCACCCCAGAAAGCAUAUGUGUGUGUGUGUGUGUGUGUGUGUGUGUGUGUGUGUGUAUGUGUGUGUACAGGCAAUCCCUGGGUUAAGAAUGUUUGAUUUGGACAAUUCAUGCGAACAUAAAGCCUAUUAUGUAAAAAAUCUGGGUUAAGUACAAUGGUUCGCAAUAACGAACACACAAUAUUUUUGUGAUGCUCAUGAAAACAUCGCAUGGCUUCAGCAAUUCUUCAGCUGGAGGCACAAUACAUUACCAUAUAUAGUUACUUUUAUUAUUAUUAUAAUGUAGUGUAUUAUUAUAUGUUCCGACAUAUCUACAGACUUAAAGACAGACUUAGGGAUCUCAUUUAUAACCUAGGGAUCACCUGUGUGUGUGUGUGUGUGUGUGUAUUUGUACAUAUAUAUGGAUACACUGUAUGUUAGUCUGUUACGUUAUUGUUUCUUUGUUUAUCAAAUGUAGCCAUUCCUAUGCUACAGUAUGUCAAAUGUGCUGUGUAAUAAAUUACUUUUCUUCACA